AAAAAUAGACAUGGUGCACAAAAACACAGGCUGAUUUUAUAAGAAAGAAGCCAACACCAUACAAUUACAAAGGGAUUGAGAGAGAAGGCUCAUCUUUUAAACAAAGAAGGAAAGGAAUGGUGAACAUAAGAGUAGCAGAUCGGAACAAAGGGCCAGAGUCGCCCAAGACAGAGGUUGGGGAGAUAGACACGAGAGCCCCUUUCCAAUCUGUCAAGGCCGCCGUCAGUUUGUUCGGGGAAGUUGCCAUCUCUCGCCAGAGAAGUACUCCCCGCAGGUCCAGACUCUCCUCUGAGAGCGUUCUUGAUAAAGAAACACAGCUAAUGCUGGCCCAGAAAGAAUUCUCCAAGAUCAAGCAGAAGCUGGAGAACACCGAGGUCACCAGAUCCCGGGCUCUAUCUGAUCUCGCCAUGGCCAAGCGUACCAUGGUCGACUUAAGCAACAAGCUCCAGACGGUCAACCUGUCCAAGCUCUCUGCUUUAGACACCAAAGAAUCCGUCCAACAACGAGAAGAACAGCUUGAACACGACAAAUCCCAUGGCCGCCACAACCAUGAGCUCGACCUUGCCAGAGAACAGUAUCUUUCCACAACAGUUGAGCUCGACGCCGCCAAGCAACAACUCAACCAAAUCAGACAGAGCUUUGAUUCUGCCAUGGAUGCUAAAUCCUCUGCCCUGCAGCAGGCCGCCGAAGCACAACGUGCCAUAGAAGCGAAUUCUAGGAAGGUCGAUGAGCUGUCCAAGGAGAUUUCUGACAUGAAGGACGCCAUUCAGCAAUUGAAGUCUGCCGCUACCCAAAAUCUUCAGGAGUAUGAAAAGAUUAUGAAAGACAAAGACUAUUUACGGGACUGUUACAAGGCUGGUGUCGAAGAUGCUGAGAAGAAACUGUUAGCUCUGAGGAAACAAUAUGAUCCUGAGCUCACAAGAUCCCUGGAGGCGAAACUGACUGAGACAACAUUGGAAAUCGAGGUGUUGCGUGAAGAGAUGAAGAAGGCUCAUGAAUCUGAGAUGAACACUGUUAAGAUCAUAACAAAUGAGCUUAAUGAUGCAACUACCAGACUACAGGAGGCUGCAGAUGAGGAAUGCUCUCUCAGAAGCUUGGUCAAUUCUCUGAGGAUGGAACUAGAAGACUUGAGGAGAGAAUGCGAGCAACAAAAACAAAAACAAGCUGAGAGAUUGGCAAUGGAGGAACAAAAACAAGCAGAGGCGCUCGAACAGGAGAAUUUGAAGCUGGAGCAGAUGUUGUCAGAAGCCGCAAGCGUGAGAAGAGAAGCUGAGAAGAUGAACAGGAAGACUGAGGAGCUGAAGAAGGAAACUGAGGCUGCUGUACUAGCUGCAGAGGAAGCGGAGAAAAGACUAGAGCUUGUAAUAAGAGAAGUUGAAGAGGCGAAAACAGCUGAGGAGAAGGUUCGCGAAGAGAUGAAGAUUAUGUCUCGGAAGCAAGAGAGCAAGAAACAACAUGAAGUAUCAGCCUCCAAGAUUAAAAUCACAGUGCAAGAGUUUGAAUCUCUGAAACGAGGCACGGCUGAAACUGAGAAGAUGAUUGAGAUGAAGCUGGCGGAGAUAGCAAUUCAGCUGGAAGAGGUCAAUGCAAGAAAAACCGAAGCAGAUAAGAACUUAGAGGCAAACCUGAAAGCGUUGGAGGAGAUAAAGACUGCUACAGAUUUGGCUCAGAAGUCAGCGGAAUCUGCAGAAACAGCGAAGAGUGUGGUGGAAACCGAGCUGAGGAGAUGGCGUCAACAAGAAAAUGUGCAACAUGCAUAGAGAUCAAGCCUUUUGCUUCAGGAACAUGAUGAAUACAAGCCCUGUUCGUACACUGGCACAACACUUGAUGCAUCUAAAAACAUCUUUCACUGAUUUUUUUUAGGCUUUUUACAACGUUAGGGGCGAUGAGAAUGAGAAACAUGUCUAUACUGCACGGUCAUUUAUUGUAUAAAGCUUCUUUGUUUGAACUUUGUCCUGCGCUGUUAAAAGCUCAAUACUCAGCCAACAACAAUGGUGGCACAGGUAGCCUUUC